UUAACAUGAUAUUUCUUUAUUUAUCACCAUGCCUUUUCCACUGAUUAAUCUAUUCAUUUCACUUUCGUAAUAAUUAAUGACAGUCAUGGACCCUUGUCAUCGGUUGAAUAGUUAAUACGCAUUUUAAAUUAAUUGAAAAAUCUGUGCUAGAUUAUAGGCUAAGCUUCAGGUAGACGCUGAAUUAAUGUAUUUAUUUAUCUGCAGGGUCUUCUCGUACGUUGUUUCGUACAUUGCUUGAUUAACUAAUAACUCGCAGAUCAAUAACAAUCAUAUAUACUACCCCCAGCCGCCUACUUUUCUUUCGUUGACCGCCUAGUCAGAGGUAGUUUACUGGUGUUUGUAUACUAAAUGUAUUAUACCCAUGAGGAUGCUACAAUAAUAUUAUACCGAGAGUGUUUCACUGCGAUUGCGAGGGAGAUCAUUGAAGAUUCAAUUCUUGAUUGCAAUGAACUAAAUGCAGUGCAAUGGAAGAAAACGGUAUAAAUUCAACUUUGUCUUCGAACCCGGAUUUAUCCACACUGCUGAAGAAUGGAACAAGCCGCCAUGACGACCGUCCAUUUGUCGUAUGGAUAUCGAGCCUCAUUGUGGUGACAGCUAUUUUAAUCAUCAUCUUUAACACGCUCGUCGUAUUCACCUUUUCAAGACAAUAUCAUCACAUGGACAAUAAAACAGUCUUUUAUGUUUUCAUUGCGAUUUCCGACUUUUUCGCGGGAGUGUAUCUUCUGACCAAUACGCUAUGGUAUGUCAAGACACCAAUGCAUUUUUCCUUUGGGAUGUGUAUGUUUCUACACACUUUUGGAAUCAUUCUAUUCUAUGUGUCAGCAUACCACAUCCUGGCGUUGACAAUUUUCCAAUAUAUUGAAAUCCAAUUUCCAUUCCGAGGGAAAUGGAUGUGUUCCAAAUCAUUCUACGUAAAAAUAUGUUGUGGAUUGUGGAUUUUGAUAUCGUUUGCUUUUAUCACACCUGCCUUACUGUUAUCAAAAGAAAAGAAUAUCUCUGAAUGUUCCAUUCUUAGUGUAUUUGGCGAAUAUCAUAAACUACUGAAUUUCAAAACGUUCAUAUUUUACACAGUAUUUCUGGUUUUGCAAGCAUUUUUCAGCAUAAUUCUGCUGCUAAAAAUUCGCGCAGUUCUUUGCAAAGCUGCCUCUUCCCCCAGAGGAGACGUGCACAGCACCAAUUGUAAAGUCGUCCACGCAUCAUCAAGUGUCGAAGAUACAAGUAGCUCUAAUCACCGAGAUGUUGACAUAAGAUCGGCUAGAACGGAAAACGAUGAAAGCAGUACCAGGAAACGAGCACGUGAUCGUUACGUCACAUCCGCCAAAACCCUCUUUAUAUAUUUGUUUGUUUAUAUGGUGUGUACUUUGCCGAUAAUGUGUAUGGUUUUGAAAGACAUGAUGUUUCGUUUCGAUUCCUUCCACAACAGAAAAAUAACAAUUUCUUUAGGCGCCUUUGCCAUGAUGACCUCAAUGGUUAAUCCUAUAUUGUAUUUUCGGAGAUUUCAAACGUGUGUUGGUUGUACGUAAAUGAUUACAUGAUGGACAUGCACAUUUGAUUGUUUCUUUUCUGUUAUGUAGGCUUACUAUUAUAUACACUUCAUUAAUGUACGACUUCAUACAUGCAAAAGUAUAUAAACUGGUCUUGGGAAAUGCUGAAAAAUCUUUUUCACAGGGUUGUUUGAAACUAAAAUCCAUUACUACACAUGACUGAACAAAUAAAAAAAGAAAAAAACGAUGACUGUUACUUAACCUACUUUUGAUGUUAGUGACCAUCUUAUUAAAAUUGAAUUAAAUAUAAAAACCUCUUAUGUUUAAUAAAACUCGCCCUAAAAUAAAAAAAUAGAAAUACAUAAAUGUAAUGUAAUUUUGGUUGAAACACCUUAUUUAUUUGAUAUAAUGCGUGCUAAAAUUUAAGUCCGCUUGACGUUACAUUUUAAUUUUGUACAAAUUAACACCACUUUAAAAUUUGAUUGCAGGGAAGUGGUUUAAAUUCUUCCUAUGUUGCAUGAAUAAAACGUUACU